AUGGUUCCGGUGUCAGAGGAGACCAGGAGACGAGACCCAGGACCCAGGACCGAGAGGAGACCAGGAGACGAGACCCAGGACCGAGAGGAGACCAGGAGACGAGACCCAGGACCCAGGACCGAGAGGAGACCAGGAGACGAGACCCAGGACCGAGAGGAGACCAGGAGACGAGACCAGGGACCAAGGACCCAGGACCGAGAGGAGACCAGGAGACGAGACCCAGGACCAAGGACCCAGGACCGAGAGGAGACCAGGAGACGAGACCCAGGACCCAGGACCGAGAGGAGACCAGGAGACGAGACCCAGGACCAAGGACCCAGGACCGAGAGGAGACCAGGAGACGAGACCCAGGACCCAGGACCGAGAGGAGACCAGGAGACGAGACCCAGGACCCAGGACCGAGAGGAGACCAGGAGACGAGACCCAGGACCCAGGACCCAGGACCGAGAGGAGACCAGGAGACGAGACCCAGGACCGAGAGGAGACCAGGAGACGAGACCCAGGACCCAGGACCCAGGACCGAGAGGAGACCAGGAGACGAGACCCAGGACCGAGAGGAGACCAGGAGACGAAACCCAGGACCGAGAGGAGACCAGGAGACGAGACCCAGGACCGAGAGGAGACCAGGAGAUGAGACCCAGGACCCAGGACCGAGAGGAGACCAGGAGACGAGACCCAGGACCCAGGACCGAGAGGAGACCAGGAGACGAGACCCAGGACCCAGGACCCAGGACCGAGAGGAGACCAGGAGACGAGACCCAGGACCAAGGACCCAGGACCGAGAGGAGACCAGGAGACGAGACCCAGGACCCAGGACCGAGAGGAGACCAGGAGACGAGACCCAGGACCCAGGACCGAGAGGAGACCAGGAGACGAGACCCAGGACCCAGGACCCAGGACCGAGAGGAGACCAGGAGACGAGACCCAGGACCGAGAGGAGACCAGGAGACGAGACCCAGGACCCAGGACCCAGGACCGAGAGGAGACCAGGAGACGAGACCCAGGACCGAGAGGAGACCAGGAGACGAGACCCAGGACCGAGAGGAGACCAGGAGACGAGACCCAGGACCCAGGACCGAGAGGAGACCAGGAGACGAGACCCAGGACCCAGGACCCAGGACCGAGAGGAGACCAGGAGACGAGACCCAGGACCCAGGACCCAGGACCGAGAGGAGACCAGGAGACGAGACCCAGGACCCAGGACCCAGGACCGAGAGGAGACCAGGAGACGAGACCCAGGACCCAGGACCCAGGACCGAGAGGAGACCAGGAGACGAGACCCAGGACCGAGAGGAGACCAGGAGACGAGACCCAGGACCCAGGACCGAGAGGAGACCAGGAGACAAGACCCAGGACCGAGAGGAGACCAGGAGACGAGACCCAGGACCCAGGACCCAGGACCGAGAGGAGACCAGGAGACGAGACCCAGGACCGAGAGGAGACCAGGAGACGAGACCCAGGACAGAGAGGAGACCAGGAGACGAGACCCAGGACCGAGAGGAGACCAGGAGACGAGACCCAGGACCCAGGACCGAGAGGAGACGAGACCCAGGACCGAGAGGAGACCAGGAGACGAGACCCAGGACCCAGGACCGAGAGGAGACCAGGAGACGAGACCCAGGACCGAGAGGAGACCAGGAGACGAGACCCAGGACCGAGAGGAGACCAGGAGACGAGACCCAGGACCCAGGACCGAGAGGAGACCAGGAGACGAGACCCAGGACCCAGGACAGACUGCCUUAG